CUUGCAGAUGGCUGACGCGGGGAACUGGUGCUUGAUAGAAAGUGAUCCAGGAGUGUUUACUGAACUCAUGAAAGGAUUUGGAGUCGAAGGCUUGGCUUGUGAAGAAAUAUACGAUUUACAUGACACAAGCAAUAUUUCCGACGCACUGGGUCUCAUCUUCCUGUUCAAAUGGGAGAAAGAAGAAAAUAAUCCUGGAAAAUUGGUUACAGACGACCGGUUGAAGUCAAUAUUUUUUGCAGAACAAGUAAUAAGGAACGCUUGCGCCACUCAAGCCAUCAUCAACGUUUUAUUAAACCUUCCGUCUUCAAGUGUGAAAAUCGGCGAGACCCUAUCCGACUUUAAAUCCUUUGUGCUUGACUUUGAUAGCAAGAUGAAAGGCAAUGCCCUAACAAAUUGCGACAAAAUACGUUCAGUGCACAACAGUUUCAGCUAUCCCCAAACGUUUGAGAUUAACAGCAGCAAACAUGCCAAAGAAGAAGAUGCAUAUCAUUUCGUUGGUUAUGUUCCCAUCGAUGGUGUCGUUUACGAACUUGAUGGAUUGAAGGGAGUACCGCUGGAGCACGGCCCUAUUCCCACAGGGUCUUCCUGGAUUGAUGUCAUCAAGCCUGUGUUGCUUAAUCGUGUACAGGCAUGUGUUGAUGGACGCUUUAACCUCAUGGCCAUCGUUCCAAGCCGCCUCAAGUUGUACGAAACUCAGCUGGAGGAUAUGCUGAAGUCUGCAACGCCGGACACUGAACUUGUGGAACAGCUCAGACAAAACAUCGCCAUUGAGAAGAGCAAAGCGGCUGCCCAGCGUUCGGAAAAUCUCCGGCGCCGACAUAACUACCUACCCUUCAUCAUCGAACUGUUGAAAGUCCUUGCUGAAAAUGGACGUCUUGUGAACGUCGUGCGGAAGGCGAAAGAAAAGUCGGAAAAACUGCAGGAAAAAGCGGCCGUCAAAGCCUGA